CUCUUAAAGUUUAUGGAGGUCAUGCUGCAGCUCAUUCAACAGUUGAAAUGGAAUUACGUUGCCAUUGGCUACGAGAAUGAGUCCUAUAGCAUUGAAGGUGCAACAGCUUUGAAAGAGGAGUCUGAACGUCGGGAAAUCUGCAUUCCACUGUUUGAAAUGAUCACCACUACAAUCAGUAUUGCUUCACUGCGAGAAAAGCUAGACAUUAAGUCAAGCCCAGUUUCGGGAAUGGUGUUCUUCGGGAGAGGACGAACUGUGACUCGAGUGUUAGAGUACUUUGAUGAGCAUCUAUACAUGGAACAGUUCCAGUUGAUUGUGUCUGAGGCGGUAGCGCUGGAACCAUCCUAUCUACAGAACGGACAGAAUGAUGUGUUUGAUAGAGCAAAGGGACUUCUUGUACCUACACCUGUGUAUGAACCAAUAUCUGAAUUUACCUCUUACUGGAACUUUCUGUUUGAAAAUGCAACAACAUUCCGCGAAGAAGCACAGACAAAUCGUUGGUUAUCCCUUUACUUCCAGUCUUUGACUGGUUGUGAUCUACUUCCAGGAACCGACAUUACCAAGUGUUGGAGUGACUCGUCCAAGAGCUACAAAAUCACACAACAACCUCUCUUCAUUUCCUAUGCAGUUCUGGCCACUGGUGUGGUGGCACAGGCCUUAAAGAACGUCAUCAGUCGGACAUGUGGUGCAGGGAAUACACUAUGCAAUGCCAUGAGAGACGUAUCACAGGAAACAUUAAUUGCAGAAAUCGAAAAGCUCAGAUUGGAACCCUCAGAUCUGAUGACUAGUUUAUUCCCAUGGACAGGAAACAUUUCCUUCAUCAAAGGCGAGAUACACCUGCAGGCUGAGAAGAGCUUGUACGAAGUUUAUAACUACAAGAGGAAUGAUACAGAAUUUAACUUUCAUAAGGUUGGCUCUUAUAAUGGAUCCCUACAUUUGUCCUUUGAUCAAAUCCAGUCCUCUGACAAAUCAGGCAAUACAGGUGGCCCGGUUCCUGGUAAUUGUCAGAAGGGUCACAUCUGUUCAGAAUGUGUUAAAGAACCCUCAGAGGAGAUCAUACACAUUAAAGGCGACCAUUAUGUUGUUGCUCUUGUUCCCAUUCACAACAAACAAACCGGUAGUGGAGACUCCCAAAACGUCUUUAAGUGUGGUCCCCUACGACCAGCUACAGGCGUAGACAUUGCAGAGGCACUUGUAUUUGCUGUAAAAGAUGUGAACAGCGAAACUGGAGAAUUUGCAUCUGUUACUGGAAACACAUCCAUAGGGUUGGUUGUGUUGGACACUUGCAAUAACCCUUUGAUAAUUCGUGAUAAAAUUGUCAAGUUGCAUAGAGGGGAACUUGAUCUUGGGGGAGGGGUCUUUAGUUCAGCGAUUACUGACAAGGUAAUUGGCUAUAUAGGGCCAUUAGCAAGUUCCAUCAGCAUUCCACUGGCAUCUACAAUGGAACAGCUGGACCAAUUAUUUAUAGCCUAUGCAUCCACUAGCUCCAAGUUGAAAGACAGGAAAACAUACCCAACUUUCAUGAGAACAGCAUCCUCACUUGAUGACCAAGUGCAACCAAUGAUGAAAGUAGCCAAGAAGGUCGGAGCCAGCUACAUCCAAGUUUUGUACACUGAUGAGGCAUAUGGCCAGUCUGGUCGGGAUUCUGUCCUCGAAGGGGCCAAGAAGGCAGGGGUUUGUGUUGCCCAAAGCGUACCAGUAGAAGAAGACAUUGAUCCAAAAGAAUAUGUGGGCAUCGUGUAUAAACUGAGACAGUUUAGGGCAGCCAAAAUGGUGAUUGUAUUCUCUCGAUCACACACUACACCAGCUCUGAUGAAAGCUCUCAGUGAAGAGAUUGAACUGGGAGAAUUUAUUUUCUUUGGAUCUGGAGAGGGCUGGGCAAGACGGACCAACGUCAUUAAAGGCAACUACAACCUCAAAGGAAGCUUCACCAUGGCUCAGGAUCUCCCAGUUGACCCAAACUUUGAGCAGUAUUUUCGCAACAUCAGCAGUUCUUCUGAUGAAAACCCAUGGCUCAGACCGUUUUUGGAGAAAAGUGCCAACUGUUACUUCCCAGACAGUUUUCUGAAAAAGGACAGACAGGAAUGUACUGCCUCACUACUCUCGAGUCACCAUCAGAUUGACACGUGGGUCCCAUUCGCUACCACUGCCCUGUAUGCCUUGGUUCGAGGUUUCAGAAGCAGCCUUCUAAAUGUAUGUUGGGGGGCUGCCACAAAGUGUCGAGAAUACUCAACCACUGAGCUGAUCCGCUACACCAAAGAUGUUGAGCUGGACGUCUUCAGGGACGGCAAACAACAUCGUGUAUUUGAUGAGGAUGGGAAUGGCGCAAGUGGCUUUGUUAUCUAUCAGAUAGUAGGAGCCAUCGGAUCCAAUGACCUGGAAUACAAAGAAGUGGGCAGAGCUACUGGCGACUCACUAGCAUUCAAUAUGGAUGUUCUGGAACCCAAAGUGACGUACAGUUCCGAGUGCCCCAGUCAGUAUGAGUGCGACAGAUGUGUGUAUGAAGAACAGGAAACUACCGACAGCCCCAUCCGUGACGACUUCAUAGCUGCAGUUGCUGUGGAGGCAGCGAUCAUCCUUCUUCUCACUGUGACCGUCAUCAUCAUGUGUAUGAAAUACAGAAAACUUGAAACAAGUGAGGAAAUAGUGGAAUAUAUAACGAGUGACUACCAUAAGGAUCAUGAAUAUGCAUAUGCAGAACCAGUCUCAAACAACAACCAACCUGUGAUAUACCUCCACCCGGUCGAUGAUCCAAACCGGCAGGAUGACACCCGAUAGCAGGGCGCGUUUGUUCAUGUGUGCCACCCGGUGUCAAGUGAUAUGUGUACAGUACACAACUACGGACUUUCAGUGGAAGGCAGGGCACGCCUGCUUGUAUGUGACACCCGGUGUCAAGCUGUCCGACUCGGAAGAUGAGAUGAGCUUGACGAAGAACGUGAUUAAAGAUGUUAUGAUUAAAAUGCAACAACACAUUCAAGCAUACGAUGUCUGCACUUUGUUGUCGGGUUCGUUGUUGUUCGUAUUUUGGGCUGUGUUUCCCAUCGUCUUGAAUGUUAAUUACGACGUGAAAUAAUGAAUUGUUCAUAUCUCAAGUUUCCACGCCGUUGUAUGUUGAAUUGAUGCCCUGGUUUGAUAAACAAUAUACUCUUACCUUUGACACUCAUAAAAAAACAGGCCAGUUUGAUCUUUCUUCACAUUAAAUUAACAUUUUCCCGAAGCAAAGCGACUUCUUCUAAAUCAUGAAUUAAUUUUAAAACUAUUACCAAGUGAUCUAAAUUUUAAAAUUUCACGAAACAACUUUCACAAUUAGUGAGAAAUAUAUAUUUUAUUUAUUUAUUUUUAGAAACAAAAGGAGGAAUCUAAUUUCCUUCUAUUAGAUAUUUUACCAGAUAUUUUAUACACUCGCUGCGGCUCAGUCAAAUAUGUAAAUAAACAUUAAUGCAUAUUUUAUAGAAUGCAAUACGAGCACGUCUGUGCUGCUUAGGGACCGUUCAGAAUUUAGAACUGGGUGGGGGAGGUGUCAUUGAUUUUGUACAUCACAUGCAGGGGGGUCACAUACUUUGUACAUAACUUUUAAGGGGGGUCAUUCACAUUGUACUUGCUUCUCCAUGAAAAUGAUCAUCACACCCCCUAGCCAUAAAUUAUGAACAGCCCCUUAAAUGACAUAUUUUUACACUUCAAUGUUCACCUGAUUGAAAAAUCCAAAUUGAGAUUGUAUA